CCUUUAAAACUGCUUCGUUUGCAUUUUAAUUUCGUGAGAACCGACAGCAGAAACAAAGUUCGUUUUAAUGAAUUGUGCUUAGUGUUUUGUUCUGUGCUUAGUUUUGAGUAAACAUUUAAUUGACAGCGUGAUCAGGAACAAUAAAUAAAAGUACUCAGAGUUCUAUAUAUAAACUCUGAUUAUUGUUUUGAUUAUCGCAAAUAAUUAAUAAUUAUUUAUAAGGAUAUCUGCAUUUCUUAAGCAACAAUGAGUUCCAUCUACGAGGAGCACUUGGAAGUUAUAGUUUCGCACUUGAAUACUCCGCCAACUGAUCAUGGGGAUUUCUACAGAGUCCGAAACUUUGUUAUUAACUUAGUUCGGGAUAAUCGUUUGGUGAAGUCAACGUGCAAGGUGAAUUCUAUAUGUUUCGGAAGUAGUGUUCAUGGAAUCCGAAUGUACAACAAUGAUGAGUAUGACGUUAUGAUUGAAUUGGAGUUUCCCUUCUGGAGUGGCAUCUUCGCGCGCCCGGAUCAAUAUCGUCCGGGGAUGGUACACCUGGAUUUUAAAGAUUUACCCUUUAAUCAAUUCACACAAGAUAUGCUGUUGGAUCACCGGGGCUACCUGUUGCGGAGUAACGUCCAGACUUGGAUGCAGAGCAUUUUAUUGGAUGUGUCUGGCCGCCAAGUCUGGGGUGAAGGCAGAAAUCUGUAUUAUCUCCGAUAUAAGCCCGGCCAAUGUUGUCACACCAUAAUAGCACAGUCCGAUAGCCGUACUUUCUCCAUUGACUUUGUGCCGGCGAUCAAAGUGAUGUAUGAUGGCGCAGACUUGCAGGUGGUGCCGAAGUAUGCCGAAGGACCAAAACGCUCACAUAAUUGCACAUUUAUGGUUACCGAUAUCCUGGAAGAGGUACGUUUGUUUGAAAAUGGUGGAGAAUUAGUUCAAGAGGCGGUUAUGCUGUUGAUGGCACUGUGCGAGACCAAAGGACUUCCCAAGAUUCGCAAAUACCACUUGGUGACGUGUGCCAUUUUGGUAAUGGAAUAUGAUGAUUUUUACAAUUUCACCUUAGCGGAUGUUUUUAUAAAUCUCCUUGGCAAACUGAUUGAUGCUCUGGCGGAUAAUUCCUUGCCAUACCUUGGUUACAUGGACCGGAAUUUACUUUCCAAUUUUAAGCCACAUCAAAUUGACGAGUACAUCGAUGUCUUGAACAGCGCAUACAGUACUCUUAAAACAUAUCCCUACCAAUAUAAGCUUUCCUUUGACCGUUGCUCUGAGCACUUUUUAUGAACUGCUAGAGUUUUCUUUACUUUUUAUUAAAUACUAUACAAUCUUUAUUGAAUUCUGAACAUACACCAGUGAAUAAAUCAAUUCUAAGGACUAAAAUCUAAGUACUGUUACUCCAAAUGUGUAAUGGGACCUAUGGGCCCCACUAUUUCCACAUUUCUGGCCAAGGAUGUGGAGCGAUCCUUGGUCUGCUGCUGCUGCUGAAAAAGCAAUUGCACCAGGAUAAUAACAUAGUUGGCCAUUCCGUUGUAUAUCUGCACAAAUAAUUUUGUUAAAAUAAUAAAUAUUAAAACCAGA